AUGGUCGGCGACAAGAUGCCCCUGGUCACAGCCCUGCGGUCGGUGCCCAUCGGUCCCAUACAGCUGCAGUCACUUCGAUUCCGACCCAGACUGCUCGAACCAACCGCGAUGAAAGUGGCCAAGCUGCUCAAGUUCGAGCGCCGGCUCAACUCUACCCGCAUCGACGCUGCCAUCGGGGAUGCUCUGUUAAAGCUGCGGCUCUUUCUUUUACGUUCUCUUAUUCUGCAGGCGGCUGAGAAAGGAAACCUACGUGAGUUCGAGCGUCUCUUCACGGCCGACGAGAAGCGUCUCCAGUUUCGCGACAGCCGAGGUCGGGCCGCCGUGCACCACGCUGCGGCUCACAACCGGGUCAACAUCCUCGACUUCAUCCUCAAGCACGAUGGUGACUUGAUGAUGCUGGACUACGAGGACAACACUCCCCUCCACGCCGCCUGCGAGCACGAGGCCUGCGACGCCAUCACGUUCCUCAUCGAGAACGGUGCCAACACGAGUGUGCUCAACAAGAAUGUCCAGAGCCCGCUGCACCUCAGCACCCAGCUCAACAAGGUCAAAUCGCUGCAGGAACUUGUCAAGCACCGAGACAAGCUGGACACAAACCUGAGGAGUAAGCACGGACGCACGGCCCUUCACCUGGCUGCCAUCUAUGACAAUGCAGAGUGCGCCAGAAUACUGCUGAGUCAGUUUGGAGCAUCACCGAAGAUAACGUGUGACAACGGUUACUACCCCAUCCAUGAAGCAGCCAAGAAUGCAUCAGCGAACGCUAUCGAAGCAUUGCUGGAAUGGGGCGAGUCCAGCGGCUACUCCAGAGCUGAGAUGAUGAAACUCUACGAUGCCGAUGGAAAUGUGCCUCUCCACUCGGCCGUGCAUGCCGGAGACAUAAAAGCGGUUCAGCUAUGCCUGGAGAGUGGCGCACUGAUCAGCACCCAGCAGCACGACCUGUCGACGCCCGUGCAUCUGGCAUGCGCCCAGGGUGCCAUGGACAUCGUGCGGCUCAUGUUCUCGCGACAGCCCGACCAGCGGGUGCACUGCCUCACCUGUAGCGACGCCCAACAGAUGACGCCACUGCACUGCGCAGCCAUGUUUGAUCACGUCGAACUGGUCGAAUACCUUGUCUCCGAGGGCGCAAGUAUGAACGCCACCGACAAGGAAGGCCGCACAGUCAUUCUGCUGGCGGCUGCGCGCGGCGCCUGGAAGACGGUGACGGCGCUGCUGAGGCUCGACGCCGACCUCAGCGUCAAGGACAACCUGCGCCGUAACCUUCUGCACCACAUCGUGCUCAGCGGAGGACUCCUGGACGACUUCCAUGGGGAAAUCAAUGAGCGGCUGAAAGAUUUCGGCGACCUCCUCAACGAGCGAGACAUCCAGGGCUGCACAGCGAUGCACUACGCUUCGCGAAAUGGCCAGCUGAAAACCAUCGAGAGUCUGCUGCACUUCGGCGCCAUCGUCAACCUCAAGAACAACGAAAAUCAGUCGCCGCUUCAUUUUGCUGCAAGGUACGGACGUUACAACACGGUGCGCCACCUGCUGGAAAGCAAGAAGGGCCACCUUAUCAUCAAUGAGAUGGACGGCGAAGGCAAGACGCCGUUGCAUAUCGCUUCACAGAACGGACACACCAGGGUGGUCCACCUGCUACUGGUCAAGGGCGCACUGCUUCACAGGGACCACAAAGGCAGGACUCCGCUUCACUACGCAGUCACCAAUGGCUUCACACACACCAUGGAGCAGCUACUGGCAGUGCACUCCCACUUGCUGGAUCAGAGUGAUCGGGAUGGGAACACCGCCUUGCAUCUGGCUGCCAUGCACAACAAGGCAAACACAGCGUCCCUUCUGCUCAGCCUCAGCUGCAAGAUUUCGCACAACGAGCAGGACUUCACGCCCAUAGACUACGCGCUUCACUACAAGCACAGCGAGGUUGCCAUGGUAAUGGUAACGCAUCCGUCCAGGAGUGAAGAAGUAAUGAGCUGCCGAACAAAGCGGUACACGUGCCUAGUAGAAGGACUUACGGCAGUUAUGCCAGAAGUCAUGAUGGCUGUCUUGGACCGGGGGAUAACAAAAUCCAAAUACAGUCAUGAUUCCACGUCUUAUUAUGUCAAACAUAGCUUUCAAGCUCUUCAGAACACUGAGGGAGUUGGGGAUAUCGUACCUGAAACUGAUCAACCGCUGCCUGUGAUGAACAUUAUGGUUAGAUACGGGCGCGAAGAACUCCUAUCUCACCCUCUCUGUGUCAAGUAUUUAGAGACCAAAUGGAACUCGUACGGAAUGUAUUUUCAUAUGUUGAACCUUGCCGUGUACACCGUGUUUUUGUCUUUCUUAACGACGAAUGCCGUUCAGCUCAUGGCUGAGAAGACCGACAGAGAAAAUUUCACGCAAGUCACGUCGGCGCAGCUCGCGUCUGCUUUCGUAUAUCCAUCCACAGCAACCAUGGUCGCUUUGACGUCUGUGAUCGUUCUGGCAUUUGUCGGGCUGAACAUCGUGAAGGAGUUUUACCAGAUGUACCAACAGCGAGCCAAGUACUUUCUAGACAUCAUGAACGUCUUGGAAUGGACGCUCUACAUAUCUGCUGGGUUGAUGGCUGCCGGCCACCUUUCGACAGCCGUGGUUGAUCGAAGCAACCAGUACAUCAUGGCGGCGUUGGCCGUUUUCUUAGCGUGGUUCAACUAUCUGCUCUAUUUGCAAAGGUUCAACAGGAUCGGCCUCUACGUCGUUAUGUUCCUAGAAAUUUUGUCCACACUACUAAAGGUCAUGUUCGUCUUCUCCGUUCUCAUAAUUGCCUUUGGCCUGAGCUUCCAUAUUCUCCUUGCCAAAAUUGACAUGAAUGUGAAAACGCCGGUCUUUGACCCCUUCACAGGAAACGUCACAAUGCGAUCAAUGAACAUGAGUGACAAGGGUUUCCAUAACCCGGUGAUAUCGCUGGUGCGCGUUGGAACCAUGAUGCUCGGGGAGUUGGACUUCCUUGGCACCUACCUUCGGCCUAUGCGGGCCCUGGAGUCCUCGGCCUGGUACCAGAUCGUGGCUGCCACCUGGUUUCUCGUCGUCUUCAUCGUGCUCAUGCCUAUCCUACUCAUGAACCUGCUCAUCGGCUUGGCCGUCGGCGACAUUGAAACCGUACGUCGCAACGCACAACUCAAAAGGCUCACAAUGCAGGUGGAGCUGCACACUGACCUCGAGCGUAAGCUGCCCCGGCGUAUCUUGACCAUGGUUGACAAAACUGAAGUCUACGUGUACCCCAAUCAAAAGGGUUCCUCGUCUUAUGUCUGGCACACAAUACAACGCUGGUUUGCGAGCCCCAAAGAAAACAGCAAACGAAGCAGGGCAUUCGCCGGUGGUGGUGGAGUACCAGACAAUGCCCUUCAAGAGCUAAGCGUCGAGCUUAAAAGGCAAAAGCAAAGGAUGAAAGAAAUAUCGAGGGCGAUGGAGCAGCAGCUAUCUCUAAUGCGGCUCGUCGUUCAAAAGAUGGAUAUCCGGACGGAGAAUGACGACAUGGACGAAGGACACUUUGAGAACAUUCAAGACCGGCCGCUCAGUGCGACGACACAGAGCAGCCUAUGAACUUUAAGUGUCGCAUAGAGUUACGCCCUGUCAUCUGUGUGUCUUCUUAUAUUUCUGUGUACCUCUGGCGAAAUAACUCGUAUUACAUAUCU